GGUUGCCAUUCCCUUCUCCAGGGGAUCUUCUGGACCCAGGGGUUGAAUCCAGGUUUCCUGCAUUGCAGGCCAUUCUUUAGCAUUUGAGCCAGAGAAGAGAUUAAGCUUGACCUCGCAUUAAGCUUGACCAAAUUCUGCAGCAGUUGACGGGACCGGGACACCUGAGAGUACAUUCUCCAGUUCUGUCUUUAAAUCAUUUUAACAAAGGAAGCAUUUAAUCACUUGUGUGCUCGGUCGCUCAGUCCUGCCCAACUUUUUGCGACUCCAUGGACUGGUCUAUGGGGAUAAAUGUGGGUGGGCGUGGUAAACUGGGGGCGAGGGGGGGCUCUGCGCGUGCGCACUGCGACUCUAGGCGCCGCGCUUUCGUAUUUUCCCCGCGUCGCUUUGUCCCACAGCAGAAUUGCUCUGAAGGAUGUUGCGGCCUGACAUAUCACCAACGUUUCCGUCUGUCCCUGCGGCUUCCCCCUGCUCACCAGAGGCUCGGUCCCAGGGUCCCCGCUACAAUUUCGAACUCCAGGAGACUCCUCUGAGCCGCCCUUCAGCCCAAGCCGCCCCUGCGUCUUCCCCACCAGGCACGUCUGGAGCGGCGGGUGACAGGAGCGGCAGCAGCAGUCUACCUGGGCACCCGCCCAGCGCCCUGCCGCCUCAAGGUUCAUACUUUAGAAACAAAAGAUCUUUUGCAGAAAACACACACGUAUCAAAUGUUAUGCUUGGUACAAGCUCAUCCUCUGUACGAGAUAGUAGUUAUCCUCAAAUACUAAAAUCUCCAUUAUGUGCUGGAAAUCCCCAGAGAUCAGGUUGUAAAAGUUGGACACCACAAAUGGGAUAUUCAGCUACAUCCUCAUCUGCAGUUUCUGCACACUCUCCUUCAGUUAUUGUAGCUGUUGUAGAAGGGAGAGGACUUGCCAGAGGUGAAAUAGGAAUGGCAAGUAUUGAUUUAAAAAGCCCACAAAUUGUAUUAUCUCAGUUUGCGGACAAUACAACAUAUGCAAAGGUGAUCACUAAACUUAAAAUUUUAUCACCUUUGGAAAUAAUAAUGUCAAAUACUGCUUGUGUUGUGGGGAAUUCAACCAAGUUGUUUACUCUUAUCACAGAAAAUUUCAAGAAUGUUAAUUUCACUACUAUCCAAAGGAAAUACUUCAAUGAAACAAAAGGACUAGAAUACAUUGAACAGUUAUGCAUAGCAGAAUUCAACACUGUCCUAAUGGAGGUUCAGUCCAAAUAUUACUGCCUUGCAGCUGUUGCAGCUUUAUUAAAAUAUGUUGAAUUUAUUCAAAAUUCAGUUUACGCACCAAAAUCGCUAAAGAUUUGUUUCCAGGGUAGUGAACAGACAGCCAUGAUAGAUGCAUCAUCAGCCCAAAACCUUGAAUUACUAAUUAAUAAUCAAGACUCUAGGAAUAAUCACACGCUCUUUGGUGUUCUAAAUUAUACUAAGACUCCUGGAGGAAGUAGAAGACUUCGUUCUAAUAUAUUAGAACCUCUAGUUGAUGUUGAAACAAUUAGCAUGAGAUUAGAUUGUGUUCAGGAACUGCUUCAAGAUGAGGAACUCUUUUUUGGACUUCAGUCAGUUAUAGCAAGAUUUCUUGAUACAGAGCAACUUCUUUCUGUUUUAGUUCAAAUUCCAAAGCAAGACACGGUUAAUGCAGCUGAAUCAAAGAUAACAAAUUUAAUAUACCUGAAACAUACCUUGGAACUUGUGGAUCCUUUAAAGAUUACUCUGAAGAACUGUAACACACCUUUAUUAAGAGCUUAUUAUGGUUCCUUGGAAGAUAAGAGGUUUGGAAUCAUACUUGACAAGAUUAAAACAGUAAUUAAUGAUGAUGCAAGAUACAUGAAGGGAUGCCUGAACAUGAGGACUCAGAAGUGCUAUGCAGUGAGGUCUAACAUAAAUGAAUUUCUUGACAUAGCCAGAAGAACAUAUACAGAGAUUGUAGAUGACAUAGCAGGAAUGAUAACACAGCUUGCAGAAAAAUACAGUCUUCCUUUAAGGACAAGUUUUAGCUCUGCUCGAGGAUUUUUCAUUCAGAUGACUACAGAUUGUACAGUCCUACCCAAUGAUCAACUUCCUUCUGAGUUUAUUAAGAUUUCUAAAGUGAAAAAUUCUUAUAGCUUUACAUCAGCAGAUUUAAUUAAAAUGAAUGAAAGAUGCCAAGAGUCUUUGAGAGAAAUCUAUCACAUGACUUAUAUGAUUGUGUGCAAACUGCUUAGUGAGAUUUAUGAGCAUAUUCAUUGCUUAUAUAAACUGUCUGACACUGUGUCAAUGCUGGAUAUGCUACUGUCAUUUGCUCAUGCCUGUACUCUUUCUGACUAUGUUCGGCCAGAGUUUACUGAUACUUUAGCAAUCAAGCAGGGGUGGCAUCCCAUUCUUGAAAGAAUAUCUGUGGAAAAACCUGUCGCUAACAAUACCUAUAUUACAGAAGGGAGUAAUUUUUUUAUCAUAACUGGACCAAAUAUGAGUGGGAAAUCCACAUAUUUGAAACAGAUUGCUCUUUGUCAGAUUAUGGCCCAAAUUGGAUCAUAUGUUCCAGCAGAAUAUUCUUCCUUUAGAAUUGCUGAACAAAUUUUUACAAGAAUAAGUACUGAUGACGAUAUCGAAACAAAUUCAUCAACAUUUAUGAAGGAAAUGAAAGAGAUAGCAUAUAUUCUACAUAAUGCUAAUGACAAGUCACUCAUAUUAAUUGAUGAACUUGGCAGAGGUACUAAUUCAGAAGAAGGUAUUGGCAUUUGUUAUGCUGUUUGUGAACAUCUGCUGAGCUUAAAGGCAUUUACACUGUUUGCUACACAUUUCCUGGAACUGUGCCAAAUAGACGGUCUAUAUCCUAACGUAGAAAACAUGCAUUUUGAAGUUCAACAUGUAAAGAACACUUCAAGAAAUAAAGAAGCAAUCUUGUAUACCUACAAACUUUCUAAGGGACUUACAGAAGAAAAAAAUUAUGGAUUAAAAGCUGCAGAGGUAUCAUCACUCCCACCGUCAAUUGUCUUGGAUGCCAAAGACAUCACAACUCGAAUUACCAGACAGAUUUUGCAAAACCAAAGGAGUACACCUGAGAUGGAAAGACAGAGAGCUGUGUACCAUCUAGCUACUAGACUUGUUCAAACUGCUCGAAACUCUCAAUUGGAUCCAGACAGUUUACGAACAUAUUUAAGUAAUCUCAAAAAGAAGUAUGAAGCAGAUUUUCAAGAUUCAGGAAAGACUGAAGAAUAGUAACAAUUCACAUCUUAUACUAAUGAAAUAAUAUAUUAAUAUGAGGAACCUAGAAUUCAUUUUUCCUGUGAGCAAAAUAAAAUAUUUGCUAAAUUUUAUAUUUUAAUUGAAAAUUACAUUGUAUUAACAUCAGCAUUAUCAUCUAUAUAUUCUGUAUAAGAAAAUGUUUGUUAUAUAACUUAAGAAAGAAAUGAGAACUAUUUAAAGAACUGAUUUUUAUGUAAGAAAAAAUCUAACAUGACACUUUUCUCAUUUAUGAAACUUCAUGUUACAAGUUAUGGUUUCACAUGUUAUCGUAUAUAGUUUAGCUAAAAGCAAUCUUUCUUUGUGGGCCUGGAAACUUAGGUGAGGUUUUCUUUCACACUCUUAUUUGGAACCAAUAUUUCUUUUACAUUCUUAUUAUGAGUCAAUAAUUUCUUAAUUAGUGCCAUCAAAUUCCAACAGUGGAUACAUCUGAAGUUUGUUAGAAUACAAUUGAGAGUUUUAAAGUAUUCAUUUUGGCAUUCAGUAUAGUUCUAAAGGUUGAAAUUCAUCAAAUAGCUAUUUCGUAGUACAGAGAGUGUUUCUGGAAGGAGUAAUUACCUAAUAGCCAGGUGUUCCGUUUUCUACUUGCCAACCCCUUUUCUUUUCCAAAUUUUCAUUUUUGACCAUCUUUUUUAGGUGAGUAACCAAGGCAGCAGAAAGAUAAUAUUGAUAUGUUUGCCUUAAUUGUUGAUUCACAAGGAAACAUUAUGUAGAAUUGUUUUUGCACAGGCGUGUGGCUCACACCACCUUUUAGAGUUUACCCAAAGUUUAUUCUAUAAAUGGACAAAAGAAAAUGGAAGACUGUCAGUUGUUCAAUAACUGCAAAGAGCUUCUCAAACACCUUAUUUCUGCAGUUCCAUCUCAGUAAAAGACUUAGUCACAUAAUCUCAACCCAAAGGCCUAACAUGGGGAAAUUAUUAAAUAAUUUUAAAGUAUUUUUGUUAAUAUAUGCAUAUUUUAUUUUACAAAAUGUAAUAAUUUUGACUUUAUUAAACUCUUAGUAUUCUAAGUACAUAUUAGUAGCCAGGUAUACUGUAAAGUUAUAAUCUGAAUGACACACAUUCUUUUUUUUAAAAAAAUUACUGUAAAUUAGUGUUACUAGUUACAUUAGAUAUAUGUUAAAUGUCCUAUUAGACUACUUAUAUUUCCUAUAAUCAUGUUUUAUAAAUAGAGCUCCGCAGUAUUUGAACUUGACUAUUAGCCACAUUUUGAUUCACAGCCUUUGAGAUGAAUUCUAUUUUGUGUGGUCAUUCGUAAAAGCAGGUAGAUAAUUUAGACUUGUGGCAAGUUUCUAGGAGGCAUUGAGGAGCUAAAGGGCAUCAUACACUGUGUAGGAGGGCAGGGAAGAAAAGGAGGAAGCAAUAAAAAAGUCAGAAGGGGAGCAGGGCUGUGGAAGAAAAGGCAGCAGAGACAAGUGCAAACUACUAAAUAUGCUAGAUAUCAUUUCCUCAGAUGUUAUUAGCUUCCCUUUACAUUUAAUGCCAAAUUAAAUUCCACCAGACUUUUAAGAAAUUGUUCAUCAUUUAGAGCUUUUGAUGCGAAAACUGUAGCCAACUGAUUAAUCCCUUUUAUUUUAGAUUUGAAGUACUGAAAUAAAAAUGGAUUUAUAUCUUCUUAAAAUUAAAUUGCUUUUUCUUCAAUCAUUUUGUGUGUAGCAGAAGCGCAUGAAAAAGCAAGUCAGAUGAAGAUAGAAUUAUUAAGUCAUGGUGCUAUAGGACAGAGGUGAAAGGUAGGGAGACGAUCCAUUCUGUAAUUUUCAGGUCUAUUUGCUCUCCUCUUUAGUACCUCUUCGCCUUUGUCUGUCUCUAGAAUUAUAGAUCAUUGUCUCAUAAUCCAGUCUUUUAAGAUAAAUAUUCAAAAUGUUGUAACAAACUCCUUGAUAAUCUACCUCAAAGCCAUUCUUUUUGUCUGCUCCACCUUUCUCCUCACAUGAAUUAAUCUAUCUCAAGUCGAGGGCUAAGGUACAUGAGAGUAGAGGAAAAAGGCAGCUAACCUUCAUGCCUGGGAAGUAAUAUAUAUAUUUGUUUAUUUUAAAAUUUACAUCCAAUAAAACUAAAUUUUUAAGUCUAUAAUUUAAUGAAUUUUGGCACAUUUAUGGAUUUGUGGAACCACUACCACUGCCACAAUCAAGAUGCAGAACAGUUCAGUCACUACCAGAUGAUUCCCUCAGUACUAGCCCUUUGUGGCCAAAUUCUUCCCUGACCACUGUCUUCACUGGGAAUGGUUAAGGAUUUCCUCCCUAUAAUUUUGUUUUUAUCAGUCAGGUAGCAUGUGACCUUUGGAGACUGGCUUCUUUUACUGAGCAUCAUGUACUUUAGAAUUUAUCCAUUGCUAGCUGGUAUUCCAUUGUUUGUAUUGAAUAUGUACCAUGGUUUAUUCACUCACUCACUGAAGGACAUUUAGGCAUUUUGUUUUUGACGAUUACAAAUAAAGCUGUUAUGAACAUUUGGAUAGAGA